CUUCCUUCGCGUCCCCCCGCCGCGGUGCGGGGGGUCGAGCGUCCGCGGGAGGCGUCUGGAAACCUCCACCUCAGCGGCCGGGCCGGGGCUCCCCGCACCGGGGCCUGCGGUCAGGGGUCGGGGCUUAGGCGCGUCUCCACCGGGCCCCAUGAGGCACAGCCUGACCAAGCUGCUGGCAGCCUCGGGCCGCGACUCCCCGAGCCACCACGAGAGCCGGGCCGCCUCCCGCUCGCUGUCCCGGGCCCCGGCUGGGGCGGCCGCGGGGGAGGCCACGGCAGGGAUCGGCUCGCCGGGCCGCGAGCAGCCACACCGCGACGAGGGCGAGCGGGCGGCCGGGAGGGGGUGCCGCGGCGGCUCCGCCGUGCGCGCGCAGUCGCCCGUGAAGAUGGAGGAGGAGGAGGAGGAGGUCGCCAUGGUCCCCAAAGAGGAGCCGGACGACAUGGACUUUCUCUCGGGGCUGGAGCUGGCGGACCUGCUGGACCCUCGGCAGCCAGACUGGCACCUGGAGCCGGGGCCCUUGUCGUCGGGCGGGGGCUCGGACAGCGGCGGCCUGUUGCGCGGGGACGACGACGACGAGGCCGCGGCCGCCGAGAUGCAGCGCUUUUCCGACUUGCUGCAGAGGCUCCUCAACGGCAUCGGAGGCUGCGGCGGCGCGGGUGACCGCGGCAGCGGGGAAAAGAGGCGGAGAAAGACCUCGGGAGGCGGCGGCGGCGACAACAGCAGCACCCCAGCGGCGACCCGGAGCCCCCGGAAGGCGGCGGCGGCCGCUGCCCGGCUGAACCGGCUGAAGAAAAAGGAGUACGUAAUGGGGCUGGAGAGCCGCGUGCGCGGGCUGGCAGCCGAGAACCAGGAGCUGCGGGCCGAGAACCGGGAGCUGGGCCAGCGUGUGCAGGCGCUGCAGGAGGAGAGCCGCUACCUGCGGGCCGUGCUCGCCAACGAGACCGGACUGGCUCGCUUGCUGAGCCGGCUGAGCGGCGUGGGACUGCGGCUCACCACCUCGCUCUUCCGAGACGCGCCCGCCGGGGACCACGACUACGCGCUGCCUCUGGGCAAGCAGCCGCAGGAGCCGCGGGAGGACGACGACGACACGGCGGGAGGAGUGUGUCUCCAUGUGGACAAGGAUAAGGUGUCGGUGGAGUUCUGCUCGGCGUGCGCUCGGAAGGCGUCGUCGUCUCUGAAAAUUUUCUUUUUUAGGUGAUUUCCUUCCUGCCAGGCUCCGUUGUAGGGGUUACAGAACAGUCGUUCCCGCCUCCCAACCUGGUAAGGAUCCAUCUCUUCACGUAACGCUCAUGCUCUGCUGCUUAGUCUACUUAAUGGGCAACAUCUCAAUUGUGUGUGUGUGAUUUUUUUAUUUUCUUCUUCAUUUUUUGGAAGGUGGGAGGGGAAUCUUAACUUGGGCCCUGUCCACCCUGGAAACAGACUUGUGCUGGUCAAGAAUGUACUUAAGAUGUUUCUUCUGGUUGAACUAGCUGUUAAAUGUGUCCCCUUGUUCAGAGUUGCGUGUACCUAGCUCUUCUGUCCCCAGUGUGGACAUGGCCUUGGAUGACAUCGGUUCCAACUGUACACUGAAACCUGCUUAUAGAGAUACAGUUUGGAGACAGUGAAACAGGUGAAGUGGAAUGGAAGUUCCGAGUUGUACAAGGUGCAAAUUGGAAUUCCAAUUUUAGAGCAACUUUUCAGAGGUUGACAAUAAGUAUCUGAGGCAUGCGCAGAUGUGAGAUUUUUCUGGAGAUGACAAAUCUCUUAAGUAUUCAAGAAUGCCUUAGUUUUCAGUAGAAGAUGCAAAAAAAAUGCCAUCCAUUAAAGAAAUAGAUUUUAGUAUCUCACCAUUUGGGAAGUUGGAAAUUUACACUCUCUCAGAUUCCUGUGCUUUAAUUAGAGGAAGAAUAAGAAUGGUUAAUGAAAGUUUCUUUGAGGACCAGCACAGUGAUGACCUAUCACUGAGUAUGAAGAAAUUGUUGAAAACUCUUAUUUUUGUUGUAUUAAAAUUUUAGGUUAAAUUUAUGUAUGAUCAGAUAUUGAAGGUUGUGAAAUGUGAAUGAAAACGUGUAAAGUGAGGCUUCACAAAGAAUCCUAUACAUUUCAAAAGCUUUUGGUUUUUUAAAGUAAUUUUUAAAACUUUAGUGGUUCUGGCCACUUGAUAUGACUGACACUAUUUUUCCAAAGAUGGAAAAUAUUCGUCCCUGGAAAUACUGUUUCUUGUCCACUUGUAUAAAAUUAAGUUACCAUGACCGUCAGUGUAAGAGGCUCUGAAUUCUUUGUGAAACAUCACUGUUUGAUAAAGGAUAUACGUAUUUAGCAUCCUUGUUUUUCUUUGUGCUAAAGUGGAUACAGCUGUUGGGGCAGAAGAGACGGGACCAGCUGCUGGCCACAUUUCCUGCUUUAUUUUAAAAGCUUAGCAGUAUCUGCAAAAACGAAUCUUUUCCUACAACCUGUUAACUGACUGGACUGAUGGUAACAAAGUAAUUGUGGGAGCCAUGCCGGUCAAAAAUUCGGCAUCUGCUGAAAAACAUGCCAUUUUCAAGUUCCCAAAUUACUUCUAUACUGAUUUCACUUUCUAGAAACGGAGAUAAGAAAAGAUUCUCUGGAAUGCUUGAAAGACUUAAUAGAAAUCCAUGAGACCAAGUUAAUUUUGGAACAAAAUAUACUUUUUUUUUCCUUUUAUGGGAGUAAUACUAAACUUACUGCUUACCUUUUAAAAAUUGUAACCAUUGGAGAAGAGAAUUCUAGUGUUUGAUCAAGAAAUAACUAGGUUUUUACACAAGAACACAUGCUGUGAAAUUACAGUUAGUGGGUUAGAAUUCCAUAAAGAGGCCAUCAGUGAUUACAAGCUUAUCAUGAGUUUGUAUUUUUUUAUUAUUUUAUUUUUGGAAUGUAAGCUAAUUUGGAAGACAUCAGAUAUCUUGCUGAGUAGAAUAUACAAGUUAAUGUAAAGUCUUUAUAAAGAGUAGUGUUUUAAAAUAGAUGCAUUCAUUUGUAUGUUUUGAAAAGAAAUGACUAUGGUAAAAUGUAUGAGUAGUAUUGCAAUUUAGGGUUAAGAUGAGCAUGUGGAUUCUGAGGGUUUUGGCUUCUUGGACUUUCUUUUGACCCUGUUUUUGAAUAUCUUGAGGUUUCUAAUGAAUGACAUAGUUUCUACUGUUCUGUGUUAAAAUUUCUGUAGUGGUAUGUAAGGGCCUUCGUAUCUGGAUGAUGGGAGUGACUUACGUUACAUAUUACAAUUGAAAAAACUCA